AUGCGAACCUUCUGCUCUCUGUUGCUGAUCCUCGAAGUCGUUGUCUGUUUGGCACCGACCCCUCACAUCGACUGGUGUCUCUACUGGAGAUACCUGAAUAAGGACCAGUACCGACCAGAGUGCAACGGAGUCUAUCGUCUCAGGUUUGCCAAGCAUAAAGGUGAGUGAGAAUUCUGACUGUACAAGUGAAAACCAGUUCAGCGCACGACCAUCGAGUGCGAGUGGCUCCCCAAGUGUCGAGUAUUCCGUGGAGUCCGGCCAGACCGGUGCCCUCGUACGUCCAGACGAAUUCGAUCGUUUUCAACAGCGAAAACCAAUUUGGUAAGUGAAUUCUGGCUAAGAAGUGAGUUGCGCAGCCAGCAAGUGUAAUCAUGUCCAUUACGCUCUAAUACGAACACCUGUACCUAUCAUUCAAAACGGUAUAUCUCAGCAGUCGAUAGAGAUUUUAAAAAGUUGUUGAGUGAUAAAUUGCUCAUGGACGCAUUGUGUACAUUUUAUCAAUUGGCAACUUUUUGAUAUCUUCAUUGGCAGCUGAGAUACAACUUCUUGACGUUCAGGUGAGUGUCGUUCCGCCAACACGAACUGCCAGCAAUCAAACCAAUGCUCAUCGGGACAGCUCUGCAUAGAUGUCACUGGAUACUGUUGCGGAGUUGAAAAGUGAAAACUCUACCGUAGCCCGUGAACUCUACUCUGCCCUUUUGCAGAGUGAUCACCGAAUGUCCUGCUCCGGACACUCUGGUCGCCCAUUGCUCCUUCCGUCGCCGCCACGUCAACUGGUGCCACAUGGAUUCCGAGUGUGCUCCGCACCUUGCUCCGCGCCAAAACCUCUUCUUCUUCAACGACGCCGCCGUGCUGGAGAGCAUCCAAAGGGCGCCGUCCCUCUGUUGUCCCACUCAAUGUGGUUAUAACGUGUGCGUGCGUUGAGCGCAAGUCAUCUAGCAUGUCCGAAUCGUUUCCUUUCCUGAAAACCUGCAAAUUUGUGUAUAUGUGAACCCCCCAAAUACGUGUGUAUUUAUAAGUUUUCCGGCAGCUAGAGAGUUAGCAAAGAAUACGAGUUAUCAUAUAAUUUAGAAUUCACCGUCAGUCGCAGGUGAACAAUCCUUCCACGAAACCAAUCAGAACAUACAUGUGUAGCCUUUAUUCAUUUAUUUAUUUGUUUGUUUUCCUUCUCCUCCUUCUCAAUGUUCCCUACAAUAAAGUACAUUUAUCAUCUGGCUUCUUGCACUUCCUGUUGCACUUUUCCUCGUUCCGAUCUCUUUUUAAUUGAUUCUAUGGAUCCGAACAAGUAGAAAACAACAUUGAAUUCCUGGGAAAUCAUUCUCGUUUUUCCCACCCAGUCAGACCUUGAGCUCAUUUUUUCUCAUUUUUUAUAGGCGUCGCUUACUCGCCAGACCGCAUUACUUCCACUUCUUUUUUUUCUGGAAAAAGCUAUGGAUUGUGAACAGGUAUUCGUCGAGCGACGAAAAGACAAUAUAUCUCAGUCUUCGCUAGAGAUAUCAAAAAGUUGUCAACUGAUAAAAUGUGUAAAAUGUUUUUUUAAGUAAUUCAUCAAUUGAAAACGUUUUGAUAUCUCUACUGACAACUGAGAUGUACCGUCUUGAAUAAAAUGUAUUUGCACUUUCGAGGUUUACCUUGUCUCCUUCGAUCUUCUGUACCGUCUCAGCCAAGUUUACACACUUCUCGUCUCUUUCGUUGCAAUUUUCCCACUCUAUCAUCUCAUCUUUUUCAAAUUUCCGCGGACAACUUUCAAUGAAAAUAUCAAGGUACCUUAACCAACCUAAACUACGUAAACUUCAGCCCAAACAUUUCAGUUCCUCUACAUGCUCUAUUUCAUUCAAAUCAUGAUUUCCGCCAUCAACAGUGUAGUCGUAUUCGUGAGUGAUGUUCAAGACUGUAAGACACCGAGCACAUCCUCCUCAGGCUCACCACGUGGUCAUUCCCUUCCUUGCCACCUACAAAUGCGAUGUAAUGGUCGACCCCGGGAAACUGAGGAUCUUCCAGUACAUCGGAGUGUUCGGGAUGUCGUGCCCGAUGCUCACAAUCCUCGGCAUUUCGGCCGAACGUCUUCUCGCUCUGAUCAUGGCCCGUUGCUACGAGCACGUCAAACUACACAUCGGAAUUGUGAUUGGCUGCAUUGCGGUCAGCAUAUUUCAUUAUUUAUUACCCUUCCCCGCUCAUUCUCUUUUUCAGAUCGCCGCCGACAUUGCAAUCGUCUACUUCCUGUUCCGAAAUGAACGGUUCGACAAACCGAUGAUGUCCUACUUCCUGCUUCCAGAUUCUUCCGGCCAAGGCGUGAGUGCAGAGAGCACACGGGCACAAAGUGACAGAUGUUUUUGCAGAUGAAUACCCUCUGCUACUCACUUUUAGUCAUCAAUUUUCUGAAUUUGCUCUUUAACUAUUACUUGGUAAAGAUCAGUACCAAACUCAAAAACAGGUAUGACAACAGCUCCCUCCACUUCAAACGAAAUACUUCCAGAUGGAGAGAAACGUUGUCGACCCGUUUCCAAAUGGAAGAAAACGUCGUCACGACGAAAUUCUCCACGUACAUCUCGUUCCUACACGUCUUCUUUUUUAUGCUCUACUUGAUUUUCACCCUCUGUAUCCGCCUUCUCGGUCCCAGCUUUUUCGAGACCGACGCCGAUCUGUUAGCCAUGCGAGGCAUCUAUAUUGUGAGUCUUUACGGAAAUGGAGAGAGAGAGAGAGAGCUGUUGGAGAUCUCUUAUAUUCAGACGAUUCCCACCUACAAUCUCUUUAUCGGAUGGGUCUCGUGCAACAUUCUGAACCAUCUACAGAAGCAGAAAGUGGCGAAAGUGUGCGCGGAAGUGGCGAUGGAGUAUUGCGGCCAGAAAGGGGCACAGAACCACGAGGAUGCGAUAAAGAGCGUUUGGAAUGCGAGGGGAGUGAAGAGGGUUUAA